AUGAAGUUUCUUGUAUCUUCCGAUGAAACGGGUAAUUUAAAGGAAGUGGUUUGUGCUGAGGGCACCGAUACCUCCUCAAAAGAAGCAAUUCAGCCCGAACUCGUAAGAAGUAUCUUGACUCAAUCAGACUACACCAAUGUUAGAACAAGAAUAACCCAUAUGACAGUUGUGAAAGACAUUUUGGUCACUGCUCGAAUGGGCGGAAUCGUGAAUUUUUAUAGCAUAUCUGCUGACGAAUCACACGAGUAUGGAGCCACGCUUCAGACUUAUAAGUUGAAGUGUGAUGAGGGCUCCAAUCCUGUCUCUUUGAUACACUUAGAGGCAUUGGGGUGUUUAAUGGUCGCCCUUGACUCCGCAGAAGUGUUUGUGCUUAGUAUAGAAGGAGGUGAAUCUGAGAUACCUGUAUCCUUAAGACUACCGGGACGUCUGGGCAAGAAUUCGCAGCCUAUUAGCGUUUUCGUACAAAAUCCCUACGAACCAGGAAUUUUUGCAUAUGGCGGCAAGUGCAAUGAUCUUCAAGUGGUGAAACUCUUCGACAAGAAGCGUAUGAAGAACGGAGCCAAAAUCUUCAAUAGCGGGUCAAGGGUGACCCCCGAGGUGGUUUUUCAAGCAGAAAAUGUCGAGCCCGAUCACUUGGGUUUAGAUGUUCCAGUAUGGAUAACCGGCAUUUUGUUCCAAAAAAAUGCUGGCAAAAAGGGGUUCAAGAUGGUAACAUCCACAGGGUACGGCCAAAUAAGACUAUACGACACGAGCUUAGAAGAGGAGCCCAUAGGGUCCUACAAGAUUUGUGAGAAACCAAUAAGAGUCUUGCAAUUUGCCACAGAUCACGAAGAUGAAGUCAUCGUGGCAGACUCGCACAACUUUGUUGCUCGUGUAUCGCUAUUUAAGGUCGACGCCAAAGCAGAACGCAUAGUGUCAGCCUCGGCAGGAACCUUUUAUAAACCUUCCUUAAAGAUUUUGGGCAAAUAUUCCAAGGGAGGUAAUACUGGUGCCAUAAAUAGCAUCGCUCGAUCUCCACUGAGAAACGUUGUAGCCACCGGCGGAUUGGACCGCUACUUGCGUGUCUUUGAUGUUCAGACGCGAAAUUUACUCGCCAAAGUAUACCUUGGGACGCAGAUAAGCAGCUUGCUAUUUAUCGAAGAUGAUGGUUUGAGUAACCUUGACCGCGACCAGGCGGAACUGGCACUCGAAGAUCAAAAUGAUGACGAAAUCUGGGAGCAGCUAGAUCAUAACGCAGGCUCAGACGAUGAUCUCAAGAUAACCAAAAGGAGAAGACGCAUAUAA